UCCGCCGACGCACAAGGCGUAGGAGGACAAAUUCUGCUGCACCGCGUCAAGGGCAGUGGAGCAGCAGGAAGCGGCCUCUCUUUCUCGGAACUCCACUGCCUUGUGGGAUAGUGGCGAGUUCCUCAGGCCCGGGCAAGUUUUCCGGAUUCCUCCCCCACCGCCUCCCUGGUCGAGUACGGAAGCUGAGAGGGUACGCGGGCAGUCAUGGCGGCGCACCUAAAGAAGCGGGUGUACGAGGAAUUCACUAAAGUGGUUCAGCAACAACAGGAGGAAAUUGCAACCAAGAAACUCCGAUUGACAAAACCAAGUAAAUCUGCAGCACUCCACAUAGAUCUGUGUAAAGCAACCUCCCCAGCAGAUGCUUUGCAGUACCUACUCCAGUUUGCCAGGAAGCCUGUUGAAGCAGAAAGCGUGGAGGGAGUAGUCAGGAUUCUCUUGGAACAUUAUUACAAGGAGAAUGAUCCAUCUGUGAGACUGAAAAUUGCAUCAUUGUUGGGUUUAUUAUCAAAGACUGCAGGAUUUUCACCAGACUGCAUUAUGGAUGAUGCCAUUAACAUCCUACAGAAUGAAAAGUCUCAUCAAGUCCUAGCUCAGCUGUUGGACACUUUGCUUGCAAUCGGCACUAAACUCUCAGAGAAUCAAGCUAUCCAGAUGCGAUUAGUUGAUGUAGCCUGCAAGCACCUCACAGAUACCUCCCAUGGUGUAAGAAAUAAGUGCCUGCAAUUACUUGGCAAUCUUGGCUCUUUGGAGAAAAGUGUCACAAAAGAUGGAGAAGGCCUAGCUGUCAGAGAUGUCCAGAAGAUUAUAGGGGAUUACUUCAGUGACCAAGACCCACGUGUCAGAACAGCAGCUAUAAAAGCCAUGUUGCAGCUCCAUGAAAGAGGACUGAAAUUACACCAAACAAUUUAUAAUCAGGCCUGUAAAUUGCUGUCUGAUGACUAUGAACAAGUGCGCAGCGCUGCCGUCCAACUUAUCUGGGUUGUCAGUCAGCUCUAUCCUGAAAGCAUUGUCCCAAUUCCUUCUUCUAAUGAAGAAAUUCGCUUAGUUGAUGAUGCGUUUGGAAAAAUUUGUCACAUGGUCAGUGAUGGUUCCUGGGUGGUUCGAGUUCAGGCUGCAAAGCUAUUGCACUUUCACGAAUGUGGCAUCAUUUAUCCAGCUGAAAAUCCAGAGGCAUUUGGGAAUUCUUUCUGUGUCCCAUAUCCAGUGAAUCAUCAGCUCUUACCAGUUCCACCUUCUUGUCAGCUCUGGAAUUGCUCCCUUCUCUAUUUCUACUGGGGCUCAAUGGAACAAGUCAGUUCUCAUUUCUUGGAGCAGACACUGGACAAGAAGCUCAUGUCUGAUCUUAGGAGAAAACGCACUGCACAUGAACGUGCCAAGGAGCUUUACAGCUCAGGAGAGUUUUCCAGUGGCAGAAAGUGGGGAGAUGAUGCUCCCAAGGAAGAAAUAGAUACAGGAGCUGUGAAUUUGAUUGAAUCAGGAGCUUGUGGAGCCUUUGUUCAUGGAUUGGAAGAUGAAAUGUAUGAGGUCCGCAUUGCUGCUGUGGAGGCUCUCUGCAUGCUGGCCCAGUCUUCACCCUCUUUUGCGGAGAAGUGCCUUGAUUUCUUGGUUGACAUGUUUAAUGAUGAAAUCGAGGAAGUACGUCUGCAGUCCAUACACACCAUGAGAAAAAUCUCCAACAAUAUCACUCUCCGAGAGGAUCAGCUUGACACUGUCCUGGCUGUGUUAGAGGAUUCAUCCAGAGAUAUUCGAGAGGCUCUUCACGAACUUUUGUGCUGUACUAAUGUUUCAACCAAAGAAGGAAUUCAUCUUGCACUGGUGGAGCUGCUGAAAAAUUUAACCAAGUACCCUACUGAUAGGGACUCCAUAUGGAAGUGCUUGAAGUUUCUGGGAAGUCGGCAUCCAACCCUGGUUCUUCCCUUGGUGCCAGAGCUCCUGAGCACACAUCCAUUUUUUGACACAGCUGAACCGGACAUGGAUGAUCCAGCUUACAUUGCAGUUUUGGUUCUUAUUUUUAAUGCUGCUAAAACCUGUCCAACAAUGCCAGCACUAUUCUCAGAUCAUACCUUCAGACACUAUGCCUACCUCCGAGACAGUCUUUCUCAUCUUGUUCCUGCCUUAAGGUUACCAGGUAGAAAACUAGUGUCAUCGGCUGUUUCCCCCAGUAUCAUGCCUCAUGAGGAUCCUUCCCAUCAGUUUCUGCAGCAGAGUCUUGAAAGAGUGUACAGUCUUCAGCACCUCGACCCUCAGGGAACCCAGGAGCUGCUGGAGCUCACCAUCAGGGAUCUUCAAAGACUUGGAGAACUUCAGUCUGAACUAGCAGGAGUCGCUGACUUCUCUGCUACCUAUCUUCGGUGUCAACUUCUUCUUAUCAAGGCCCUGCAAGAAAAGCUGUGGAAUGUGGCUGCCCCUUUGUAUUUGAAGCAGAGUGAUUUGGCCUCUGCGGCCGCAAAACAGAUCAUGGACGAGACCUACAAAAUGGAGUUCAUGUACAGUGGUGUGGAGAAUAAACAGGUGGUGAUUAUACAUCACAUGAGGCUUCAGGCCAAAGCCUUGCAACUUAUAGUAACAGCUCGGACUACUCGAGGAGUUGACCCCUUAUUUGGGAUGUGUGAAAAGUUUUUACAGGAAGUGGACUUUUUUCAGAGGUGUUUUAUUGCUGAUUUGCCCCACCUACAGGACAGCUUUGUGGACAAACUUCUUGACCUUAUGCCCCGACUUAUGACAUCCAAACCAGUAGAAGUGGUCAAAAUUCUACAGACCAUGCUGCGGCAGAGUACCUUCUUGCACCUCCCCCUUCCAGAACAGAUCCACAAAGCUUCGGCCACCAUCAUCGAGCCAGCAGGCGAGUCAGACAAUCCUUUGCGGUUUACAUCUGGGUUGGUUGUGGCCCUGGAUGUCGAUGCAACCCUGGAACACGUGCAGGACCCUCAGAACACUGUGAAGGUCCAGGUCUUAUAUCCAGAUGGCCAGGCUCAGAUGAUUCAUCCUAAGCCAGCCGACUUCCGGAAUCCUGGCCCAGGACGCCAUCGGCUUAUCACUCAGGUGUACCUCUCCCACACUGCCUGGACAGAACCAUGCCAGGUGGAAGUCAGGCUGCUGCUGGCCUACAACUCCAGUUCUCGAAUUCCAAAAUCCCCAUGGAUCGAGGGCGGUGAGGUGUCACCCCAGGUGGAAACCAGCAUCGAGGGCACCAUCCCCUUCAGCAAGUCUGUGAAAGUUUACAUAAUGCCCAAACCCGCAAGGCGCUGAGUCACCAGCAAUCUGUAGAGCCGAGGCUGGGAAGGCCCUUCAUAGGUAGCAGAGUGAGGCAGAAGCCUAGAGCACUUCACCUGGAGAUGGCAUGUAGGCAUGGGCACCAUGACCUGUCUAGUCUCAUCUGGUAUCAAACACACAAUAAAUUAUUUUGCAUUAAAAAACCAAAAA